CAUUUCCUGCAGGUUAGAAGGCGUGUCUGAAGCUCAAAGCUAGGGAGAGAAAGCUAAGAAACUGAAACACAACAGCUAGCUUGCUAUCAUGGGUAUGAGUGUGUACGUGGUAAACAAGGCUGGAGGGCUUAUCUUCUCCCACGACCAGCCCAGCCCCAAAGCAGAGGUGGAGACCACCUUCAACUACCCACUACGUAUGGUCCUGGAGGAAGUGGAUAGAAACAUUGUGGUCAAGUUUGGUGAGCAGCAUGGAAUACAAGUUGGCUACUCGCUGACCUCAAUCAAUGGUACUGCACUAGCCAACAAGUGCCUUCCCGACGGCACCAAUGCUAUGAAAGUGAUAGAAGACCGAAGCAAAUACCCUCUGACCCUCAAAUUCACCAGACUGAGAGUGUCCAUCAACGAGAGGAUUAUGUUGCUCAGCAUGCUUCACUCGAUCUAUGCCAUAUCAGUGAAGCUCUCUCCAGAGAAGCGUUCGUCUGGAAUACAAUGCCUUGAGGCCAAUAACUUUAAGAUUUACUGCUUUCAAACACUCACUGGUGUCAAGUUCAUUGUGAUGGCAGACUCGACGCAUCAGAAAGUCGAGGAGCUUCUGGCUAAGGUUUAUGAACUGUAUUCAGAUUAUGUCCUCAAGAACCCAUUUUAUUCAGUGGACAUGCCCAUCAGAUGUGAACUUUUCGCAUCAGGGUUGGUCAAGCUGUUGGACACUACUGAGAGAGACCAAAGAGGCAGUUAUCAAGGAACAACUUCCGCAUAAACAAAAUGAAUUGCUGUUUUUUAUGUUUGCAAUUGCACUGAAGUUAUUAUUAAAUGGAAUUUAACAAAGUACAUGUAUGCACAAUGAACAUGUAUUAAUAUCAUAUAUUAUACAGUAGA